CUUUAUGCUUCAUGCAACGAUCCAAUAAAACUACUACUGGCACCGGUCCACAUUUAAUUACUUCUUAAAAACUUCUACAACAUAUAGUUCUUUCUUUCCAUAAGUAUAUUCUACGAUCAGUAGUAUGUUUAUUGAAAGAGCAACUGAUAAGGAAAUACCUAAAGGUGCUAUCCGUCUCACUAGUGAAGAAGUCUAUGAAUACAUGAUAGAUUUGAUUCAUAAAUGGCCCAGUUCAACAGAAAUGUGAGUAGAACUUACACAAUAACGUAUUAGUCACUCUGUGUUACACCUGAUACUAAACUAUUAAACAUACUAUUCAUACGAUUUACUUUUUUUUUUUAUACAAAUUGUGUAUUAUUGUUUUAGAUGGGCACUCAAACAUGGAAAUCCAAUUCUAGCAUGUGCUGUUGUAGUAUCAAGUUCAGUUAUUUUAAAUUUUUACCGUAGACAACUGAAAUUAAAAAAUUAUGGCCGUUUUACCUUAUUUUUACCAGUCGUUUUGACUCCCUCUAUUUUAAAUCAAAUGUAUCAAACUACAGUAUGUAUAUUCAAAUGAAACACAAUAGUAAUAUUCAAUAACUAGGUGUAAUUUUCUAUUCUACAGAAAACCACUAAAUCAAUAUUAUUACAAAAAGAUUGUUCUACUUGUAUUACUACACAAUCUAUGUUCAUACAAUUGGGCACAGGAAUUAUUUAUCCCAUGUUGGGUGCAAUUGCUGGAACUUACAUGGUAAAUACUUUAUAAGGUACUAUUAGAUUUAAAUGGUAUAAGCUUCUCUUAAGAAAAAAAAUAAUUAUAAGUUACAAAGAUAAGAAAAUAGGUUAUUUAAGGUGAAUUUCAGAGAAGUAAUUAGUGAGAAAGUGUUUAGAAGUUAUACAAAGAUAUUUUUAAUAAUUUAACCCAAGUAAUUGAAGAAACAUUGAUGGAUGCAAGGGCAGAGUGGAAACCAAAUUCGGGCUGGGAGAUUAAAAUAUAUCCAGGCAACCCUAUAAAAUAUGUAUGUACCAAACAAAAUUUAUUUCAUGUUUUAAUUUAAAACAGUGACGAAACCAGGAUUUUGAGUUGAGAGAAGCUAAAUACAAUUUUACUUGAAACAUGGAUGAAGAUAAGAGGGAUUGGGGGAGUUUCGACCUUCCAAAAAUUUAGAAAAGUGAUUUCAUCAAUAUAUAUUUUAAUUUAAUUAUUUAAGUGAAAAUAUAUAAAAAAAAAAAACUUAAUAGGUUGACAGGAUAAUCACCACUUUUAAUAUAAUUUUCUUAAUUCGUAAUAGGAUGUGUGUGUCACAAUUUAAAUGCUUUAUUUUGUAUUUUUGUCCCGUCACUUCUUACAAGCAAGCUAGAAAUAAGUUUAUAUUUCUUUUUACAACCAUAUAACAGGUAAAAUUAAUUUUCAGUGUCUCAAAUUCUGCUUUACAAUAAAUUGAAAUAUCAAUAUCCUGAUCUUUUUCCAAUAUUAAAUUUAAAAAGUUGUGUGCCACGAACCUAUAAGUAAAAAUGAUUGUGAUAUCCUACUUGUGUAGACUUAAGGCAAAAAGAAAGAAAAAAAUGUAUGCGAUUAUCAUGUUAUUAUAUUAACAAUUUUAUUUUGCAUGUUUUAGUUUGGUACUAAAAUGAACACAUUUAUAUUGAGUUCUAAUGGACCUGCCAUUAUUAAUGAAUUUGCUCUUCACUUAAUGAAAACAAGUCGUCCACUAUACAAUCGACUUACUGGUUUUGUUAUUGGCCAUGUAUUACUGAGUUUUGCCAUAAGUUAUUAUCAAAUGGAAAAUUUAGAUUUUUUAAGGUUUAAAAUGAUGCAACAACAAAAUGAAGAUAUAGAAAAUUUAAAACAAAGUAAACGCAUUAAUAAGUUACCACAUAGUAAUUGAUUUAUGUGUUAAUAAUUAAAAAUGUAAAAUUAAUUUAGCUAGUAAAAACAAUGUUCUUUAUUUUUAAAUAAAAAAGUACCUUAGUUUUUAGUUUUAGGUUCUUACUUAUUAAAAAUAAUUUAUCAAUCUUUUUACAAUAUAUAUUACCUAGAUUUUGUAUUUUUACAUGAGUGCAAUCAAUAAGACUAAUUACUCGAAAAAAUUUAGCAAUAUAAUAAAACUGGCUCUGUAUUGUGUUUAUUUCUGCCGCUAUGUCAGGCAUUUUUAUAAAUAUGGGCCAAAAUUUCACAAUUUCAAUACUAAUAUCACGUACAAUUAAUGAUGCUAUGGUUUUACUAACACCAACAAAAUCUGCAGCAGUGAUUAGAAAAUUUUAAGUUGCAUUCAACACUUAAAUUCAGUAAUAAAUUUAACAACCAAAAAAAAAAAACAGACAAUAAAAAUAUCAAUUGUAGCUGAAAACAAUCAUAUCAGAUUGAUAAUAUCUAUCAGGACUACAUCUUUAUUCGUUAAAUUAACUCUUAUUCGAAAUAUAGUGAAUUAUACAUAAUAUUGAGUAAUAAUUUUAUUCAAAGUGAUGAUUUCCAUUACACAAAUUGGAAAUAGGCAUUUCAACACAAAUAUGCAUAAAAUUGGACUCAUUGCUCAAAUUUAAUUUUAUUAUAACUAUAAAAAAAUAGUUGAUAAUAUUAAUGUUAAGAUUAUAACAUUUAAUUAUUGUAUAAUAUGUCAAAUUCAAAAUACAGCACAAAUCACUGUGAGCAAAAUACAAGGUUCCAAUGAUUGUACGUAAAAGAAUAUGUUUACAGCGAAUCUGAUUAGAACAAGAUAUUGGUUAUAAGUAAAAUAAAAUAGACUCUGUAACAUACACAUUCAUGUAUGUUGUACAUCUUAUUCAUAGGAUGAACAGAAAUUUACAUAUAAAACUGACUAUUGAAUGUAUAGUCACUUAGAACCUCAACAAAAUCAAGAAAAAGCAUGCGAAUCAAUUUUUCCGAACAUUCCGUACUUUUCAGUUUAUAUUAUUAUACAUAGAUUGACUUGAAAUGUUAAAGAUAUAUUUUUCUAAUUAAGUAGUGUUGAUAUUAUUUUUAAUAUAAGCAUAAAAUUUAAAAAAAAUAAAAUAUUUGAAACUGAUUAACAAAUCAUUAGAUUGAGCUUCUUAUGGCAAUUUCAAAAUGUAAGUUUCAAUUAAAAAAUAUAUCAUUUGACUAAUUUUCUAAAAAUAGAAUAAAUUAAGGAACAUAAAAUGUGUUUGUAUAAAGAAAUUUGCUUUGUACUGAACACACAAGGUUAUAUAACAUUUAUUGGGGAUAAUAAAAUUAUUUUUCCUAUAUUAUAUUCAAUUUUUAAAUUAAAUACAACCAUGGUCAUAAUUUAAAUUAAAAAUACAUUAAAAAAUAAAAUAAUAAAAAACAUUAACUAUACAUUUUUUAUAUUUAAUUAUCUAUAACUUAUGAAAAAAAUUAACUUUGAUUGUUGUUUACAUAUAUAAUAUAUUAUCAUUAUGGAUAAGUAAAAUUUGUAUGAUAAAAAUAAAAAAUAAAUAAUUAAUAUGCUUAAAUAUAUAUAUAAACAUAUAUAAUAUAUAUAUGUGGGUAUUUAGUCUUAAAUUAUAUAUAUAUUGUGUAUUUUCAUAGAAUAAUAUUGUCUCAUUUUUUUCAUGGUUUUUAUAAUAAAUACCAUUUUUCUAAAAAUUAAAUAGUGUUAGAAAAAUAUAUGUAUUAUAUAAAAUGGGUUUAUAACUAAAUUAUUUGAACUAAUUUUUAAGAAGAAUAAAUAAUAAUAAUAUACUAAUUAUAAUCAUAUGGAUAUUUGGAUAUUCAUUUUUAUAUUAAGCAGUUUUUAUUUUGGUUGUUAUGAAAAACAACUAUAUAGGGAAAUGAGUAUACAUUGAAGAAAUGUCAAUGGAUUCCAUCUUUUAUCCUUCCACCAUGUUUAUUAUUCCCAUAUUUGCUUAAUGUAAAUUUUAAUAAGAAAAAUAAAUUAUCCACAGUACAUAGUACAUACUCAUAAACUUGAAAUAUAUAAUCUGAAUCAUACCCUAAUCUUAUUAUAUUAUAGUUUGGAUAAAAUAAUCAAAAGUGGGAAAAGAAAUCAAUUUAAGUACUUAAAUUUUAUAAUAUAUUCUUUUCAUAUAAAUUUUUAUCAUUUUAAUAUUGGUCAAUUGAUGUUUAAUUUGUUGAAUAGUUGUUAUAAUUUGAAGAAGUUUGUGGGAAAUAUAUCGAAGGUGGUAAAUGAUACGAGUGUGUCAAGGAUACACUCUGAUAUUUAAAAAUCGGCAGUGUCUGUGAAGAAAUUGGUGGGGCCAAUUCAUCUGGUUGGCCCCAUAGAUGCCGUUAGCAACGAAGAGAUUUUAUAUGGUUCAUAUAAUCUUGGAAACUAACUGAUACGGUUUCACUUCGGUAUCGAGUUAAUUUUAAAGAACGGCGAGUCUCUUGUGUCACAGCACCUCGAUAACCUCCUUUACGUAGGAGGGAAUCAAUUGUUUGUAUUUUAUCCCAACCUGUAAAAAUUAAAAAUUAAACUUAUGAACUAGUUCUAAAAACGAACAUUAUAUAAAGUAUAAGGUUCAAUAUUAAAAUAUAUAAUUAUUAUCUACUAUUCAUUAAAUGUUAAUAUUAUUAUGUACAAAUAUGUUCCCUACAUUCAUAAUAAAUUAUAAAAAUACUAAUGACACUUAACUCAUAAAUAUUUAUUUUUAUUUAAUUUCUAGUUGUCAAAAAGAAGACUUGCAUUCACGCUGUUAUUUUAUUUGUAUUUAUUAUUGUAUAUAAUAUAUUUUAUUUUUAUAAAAAUUCAAAUUUAGGAUUUGCCAACAAAUAAGAAAGAUGCAGUGACGUUCUUUCAAGAAAAGGGUGUUAUACCGAAAAAACUAGUGUGUGGGUCACGAAGCAAAAUUGUAGAAACUCUAUAGCUAUUUGGUUGAGUUUAUAUUGUGUCAAGCUCUUCAAACAGAUGAUCCUUGGUUGAAAUACUAACCAAAAUAUCACAACAUUUUCCACCUCGUGUAAAUUAUUAAUUUUAUCAAUUAAAUUAAAUUAAAUGUUAUUUUAUUUUUAUAAAUAAGUCAAUAUUAUAUUUUAACUAUCAUUGGUAGUAGCGAUAACCAAAAAG